GGUCUCCUCCUGCCUCAGAAGCUGUAAAAGUCACGUGUUAUGGACGGACAUCUCUAAGACCUUUUCCACUCAUACGAAGUGUUUGUUUGUCUCAAAGCAGGUCUGAACUUCAGACUCUGAAGUCCCUCUUGGUCUUUGGCUACAGAGAUGGCGAGAGGACGAACUAAUAUGGAUAUAGCGCCUGCACUCCUUACUGUAAAUAUUGUGGACUUAUACACUAGUUUUGAUUGCGCAUGCGCAAAGAGACCCAAUAUGGUCUGUGAUUGCUAUUAAUACAACAGAGUUAAUAAAUAUUAUCCGUAUUAGUUCGUGUGAAUCUAUUUCCUGACUAUGGGCCGCCAUUUAUAAUAUUUUGCAACUUCUUUGUUGCAAGAAAUUGAAUUCAAGACGCAAAGUGUAGAAUGAAUACCGCCAAGUGAAAAAAAUGCAUUCAAUUAUUCCAUGAAAAUUUUAUUUUGAUUAUUCUGUGGUAUACUUCUAUAUUUCCCGCCGUUGACUGCUGAUUGGUUGGAAAGAUUUUUAUGAGAUGCGAAAUACUAGAGCGAAGUAAGGAUCGAGAACUACAUUAACAGUGUUCUUUGAAAAUAUAUAUGCUGUCCAAUUACUUCGAAUUUGCUUCUUGGAGAAUUUAGUAAACUACAACUAAUGGUUAGGAGAAUUACGUUUCAUUUUCAAUGUGAUAAAGUAGCUUUGGGCCCUGUUGGAGGCUAGUAUAUGUACUUAGGCUUUGGGGUCAACAAUAAAUGAAUGGGAAAUAUAAACUUUGAAGUUCAAUUACGAAUUUGUGUAAGAUUUUGCUUAUAAUUAUCAAGAUUAAUGAUUGUCGGCAAUUAUAAGAUCUGUAAUAUCGUCAAUUUUUUGACAAGGCUUCGUGAUUGAUAGUCCUUUGUGAUUUUCCGGUUAUAUUUUUUCCUUAGUGUCAUGUUUAAAUCUGGAUGUAAUAUUGUAUAAUGACCUGAGUUUACCUGUUGAUUGAAUUAGAUGGCAUUGGUGUAGACUAGUGGAAAAUUGACAGAACUAUUGGAAGCAAAUACUAGUUGAUAUUGACUGACUUGUACAAUUCUGUGCUACUAGAUAAUCAACUUGUGAAUGAUGUGAUGACAGUUGUGGGUAGUGCUCCAAACAAAAAGAAAUCUACUUCAUUCUUAGGCAGGUCCCAUGUCUUUGAUAAAAAAUGGAUUCCUCACCUGCAAUUACAUUACCAUCGGAUGAAGAAUUACAAACUGCUGUUGAGAGUGAGAACACAUAUAAAGAUUUCAAGAAGCAGCCAAAACCUAAAAUGCGAGUAAUUGACACAGUCAAGGAAGAAUUGAAAUAUCGUGAAAAGAAAACAGAUGUGCUUGAAAAGGAAUCAUUAUCCUGCACCACUUGUGGAAAAGAUCUGAAGAUUCACUUGAGUUCAAGUAAUUCAUCUACUAUAUUAUCACAUCCUGUUUUGGGUGUGCUUUUAUGCAAGUCCUGUGCUGAAUUCUACGGGGAAGGGGAGUUUUCUGUGGAUGAAGACGGAACUGACAAGUACUGUCGUUGGUGUGGUCAGGGUGGUACACUUUACUUAUGUUCUGAAUGCAACUUUGGAUUUUGUCGAAAUCAAAGAGAAGAGGGUCUCACUCAAGCAAAUCAAGGAAAUCGAAGAUAUCAAGUAGUGACUCAGAAAGUCCAAAAGAAAGCUGACAUACAGAAAAAGAAGAAGCGUGGAAGUUCUUCUGACACUUCUGAAUUGAGGAAACGAAAGAGAAGUUAUAGUAGCCCAGAAGAAUCUUUGGGAAAGAAGAAGAAGAGAGAAAAUUCUGAAGACACAUUAGGCGAAAGAAAUGAGCUGAAUAAACAUCUGUAUACUAGAGAAAUUGAUCGCAAUACUACUUUGGACGUAAAAGCUGCAGAAACUCUUGCAACUAGUUGUAAAGAACAGAUUGAAUAUUUUCUGAAAUUUUUACGUGCUAUGACCAGUGAAGUUAAAAAAGUAUUGAAAGAAGAAAUUAUUGUUGAAAACCUUGUGGAAUAUACAGGUAGAAAGAAGCUUCUAAAAAAAGUGAUGCUGUUAGAAGAAAUGUCUUGUCAGUCAGUUUCUCAAGUUUGUGAAAAUUUUAUUCUCGGUUAUCGAAAAUCAUUUGUCAGUGUUACUGAAAAUAAUGAGCAGAAAGACGAAAAAAAUUCAGAUUCAGAAAAAGAAUCUCCUGCUCAAAAGGAGGGGUGUAAACCUAAUGAGAAUAUGGAAGAAAAACAAAAUGAUGAAAUAAUUGAGAAGCCAAAGACGAAAUAUGCUAAACCUUCAGUCCAUCAGUUUUCUGAAAGUGAUAAUUCUGGUGAGGAAUUAUGCCAAAGUGAUGUAAACAAAAUGGAAAAGAAUAAGAGUGAUAGUGAAAACUCCAAGGAAAAAUUAAAAAAUAACUCUAACGAUGAACGUGUUCUUGACAAGAAUGGGAAUGACAAUAAUGAUGAUGAAAGUUCUUCAGAAUGUUCCAAAUCCAAAAGUGAUACGAAUGAUUCUAAAAAACACAAAAAUGAUGAAUUGAAUGAAAAGCAUGACAAUAGUGAGGAAGAAAUUGAAAAUAAUGAUCAAGAACUUCAGAGCAACAGUGAUAUUUCUUCUCAAGUUUUGCAAUCUGAAGAUGCUUGUGGGGAUAAACCAAAAUUAUGUGUGGAAAGAAGUGAAAAUGGUCAUCUUACUGACUCAAAAAUUGUAGAUAAUGAGGACCAAGUUUCUUUGAAAAAUAAACAGAAAAAAAUAAGAAAUAGUGAUAAGUCAUCUAAUGAUUUGUGUGAGGAGAAAGAUAUAAGAAAUGGUGAAAACGAAUCUGAAGAAAAUAAUCUAGUGUGUGAUGAAAAUGAAGAAAGCAAUAUGAAAAACAAUAAAGAAAUGCAAGUAAGUGAUAAAUUGAAAACCCAACAAACAAUAUCAAAGAGAAAAAGUGUUCUUGAAAGUGCGGAGGAGAAUUCUGGCUCAGAUGAUGACAGCCUCACACUUACAAAGCAUGUGGAAGAAAAAUCUAAAAAUUCAUCAGGUGCCUCUACUGAACCAAUUUCCUGUAAAGAAAAUAUAGACAAAAAAGAUGAAACUCAUGUGAAGGAUUUGAAUUUAUUAGAUAAAAAUAAUUUAGGCUUUCCUGCUGGUGAGGAAAAAGAAAAUGUGAUUGAUGUUGGUUCUGAUGAAGAUGUGAUAAGUGAUUCAGGAAGUGAAAAACAGCAUAAAAUGAACAAAUCGGUUGCAAAUUCCGAAAAACUUGAUUCGUUAAAAAAUUCUACUGAAAAAAAUUUUCUUAAGGACAGUGUUGAAGAGAAAGAUGAUCUCAUAGCAGGAGAAACUAGUAAUGAAAAAAAUUCACUCUCAUCUUGCAAAGAUAAUUUAAAGGACAGUAAAGAUGAUUCUGCUGAUUCUGAAGGAGAAAAUCAUGACAAAAAAUCUACUUUAUCUUCUCAUAAAGAUGCAUCAAGUGACAGUGAUAGAGAUAAUGUAGGUAAUACAGAUGAAGAAAUCCUCAGCAACGUAGCUACUAAAUCUUCUCCUAAAGAUGCAUUAAGUGAUGGUGACAAUGUUGGAGGUAAUUUAGACUCUUGUGGACAAGUGCUUUCAGGUGAAGAGAGUGACAGGACAGAUUUGAAGAAUGAAACAAAUAGUGGUUCUGAAGCUGAUGAUCAUGUUGAUCGAAAUGAGAAGAAGUCCUCUCUAAAUGAAACAAAAAAGAAAAAGAGAAACAUGAAGCCCAAAUGUAAUGAGGAUGAGGAGAAAAAGGCUAUGAUGGCUUUAUUGGCGUCAAGCUCAUCGGAUGAAAGUCAUAUUAGUUUUCGUAAACACAGAAAACCUACAGCUAGUGAUAUGCCAAAAGAAAAAUGUGGGCCGCUUUCAUCAAAAUCAUUAGCUUAUCAGAAUUUUCAUAGGAAAAACCAAAGUGGUGUUUUUUCAGAUGCCAGUGAAGGAAUGAAAGGUGAAUCAGAUAAGAAACUUUCAUCAGAGGGUGGUGAAAGUGAUGAAUCGACUGAAAAACUUCAGAAGUGUAGUGUUGUAGUGAAGCGCCUUCCUGAUGAAAUUUACGAGAAGUACCGGAACAAUUGUUCUUCAAGGGACAGCCAGCAGAAAGACUCAGAAAAAGAGGAGAUAAAGAAGUUGGUGAAUCUCAAAACUUUGGAUAAUAACUUAAAUAAGAAAAUUCCAACCGUGGAUUCAGACUCGGAAGGUGAUGAAGAUGUGAAUGUCAAAAAGAAGAAAGUCUUUCGAAAGCACGCUAAGAAGAAUGAUGAUAAGAAAGAAAAAGAAACAUUAAAAGACUUUCAUGACAAGGAUGAAUUAUCCAGCCAAUCAGAACACAUGGAUUUUUCUGACAAUGAUGGAAAUGAAAAGGGAGGUUUAAAAGGUUUUCUUGAAGAAUUACAUAAAAGCAGAGAUAAAUUUGCUGAAGAACUUUUAUUGAGAAGUUCUGACAGUGAUUUAGAUCUAAUUUCAUCAAAUAAAACAGAAAAGGAAAAGAAAAAAAAAGAAUCUAAAGUAAAAAUGAAAGAAGAACCAAAAGUAAAAGAAGAAAAUGAAGAUGACAAGGAAAACAAUGCCUCUAAAAAAAAAGGAAGUGAAGAUAGCGAUGAAAGUGAUUAUGAAAUAAAGAAGGAUCCUCCUGCAAUCAAAAAGAAAAGCAAAAGAACUGGAGCUCAACGACGUCUUUUAAAUUCAGAUUCAGAUGUUCUUACAAUAAGUUCUGAUAGCCCGUCAAGUGAUUCUGAUGACAAUCUCUUUAAGCCUAGCGCUAAGAGAAAACAUAAAGGCAGUAGUGGAAGUGACAAAUCAAAGAAAAAAAGUUCUGCUUCAGAAAGUGAUCAAUCUGUCAAGAAAAAAACAAAACGUCGUCGAAUCAAAAAGCCUGCAUCUGAUUCAAAUACAACACCAAAUAAGGGCCGAAAAAAUAUUAGAAAAGUCAUGAAAGAUGACAAUGUUGCAGAAGCAACACGCCGAGCAGCUAAAGAAGAAGAAGAACGACGUAAAAGAAUUGCUGAAAAACAAAAAUUGUAUAAUGCUCUUUACAAUUUGUCUGAAGCUCAAGUUGAGACUGUGGAUAAAUUGGUCCUGGAUUUUGAUGCAGAAACGAAGAAAGAAUUAGUUCAAGUAGACAAAAAUCUUGUGAAAAAGUUGAAACCUCACCAGGUGAAAGGAGUUAAAUUCAUGUGGGACGCUUGCUUUGAAUCAUUAGAAAUGAUUAAGAAGAGUGAAGGAUCUGGAUGCAUUUUAGCGCAUUGCAUGGGUUUGGGUAAAACAUUACAGGUAAUUACCUUAGCACACACUCUGUUGAAUAACCGUAAGACUAAAAUUAAGACUGUGUUGGUUGUAUGCCCAUUAAGUACUGUACUUAACUGGGUUAGUGAAUUCAGUAAAUGGCUUGAUGAAUCGGAAGAUAAUGACAUUGAAGUAAUGGAUAUAACAAGAUACAAACAAAUGUAUGAGCGCAUUGGACUCCUGAAACAUUGGCAUUCAAAAGGGGGUGUUUUGAUUUUGUCAUAUUCAUCAUAUCGCACUUUGACAAAUCCGUCAAUUAGAAGGCAGAAAAAGAAAAGCAUUGAAAGCCUCCAGGCAACUCUUGUAGAUCCAGGGCCAGAUUUAGUCAUUUGUGAUGAAGGUCAUCAACUUAAAAAUGAAGAAAGUGCACUUUCCAAAGCAAUGAGUCGCUUGAGAACAAAACGGCGAAUAUUCGUUAAACCAAAUCUUUUAGGAACAAAAAAGGAAUUCAAAAAUAGGUUUAUAAAUCCAAUAAAUAAUGGUCAGUAUGAUAAUUCAACUGCACAUGAUGUAAAAGUAAUGAAGAGAAGAGCUCAUGUUCUACACAAAAUGUUGGAUAGUAGUGUUCAAAGAUAUGAUUAUUCUGUUUUAACUCCGUUUUUGCCUCCUAAAUUUGAGUAUGUACUAUUAGUACGACUCACAGACUUGCAAAUUAAACUUUACAAAUACUUUUUGGAAAAUCUUUCCUUUGCAAGUCCAGAUGGUCAAAAAACUAAAACUGCACGCUUAUUCAGUGACUUUCAAGCUUUACAGAGGAUAUGGACUCAUCCUCGUGUUUUACUUAUGAAUGCUGAGAGAAGAGAGAAAAAGGAUUUUAUUGCUACAAGUUCUGAUUCUUCUUCCUCUUCUGGUUCAGAUGUUGAAGAAGUUAUUAAUAAGAAUGACAAUAAAAGGAGAACACGCAGUGCAAAGAAGGAUGAUAAUGGCAGUGAAUCAGGAAAAUCUGAAAAAGAUGAUGAUGAAACUGAGGAUAAGUAUGGCCAUCGUGGAGAAUGGUGGUGGCAGUUCAUUUCUGAUGACUCACAAUUAGAUGAUAUACAACAAAGUGGAAAAAUUGCUAUGCUUUUUACAAUUUUGGAAGAAUGUGAAAAAAUAGGUGAUAAAGUAUUGGUUUUUAGUCAAAGCCUUCUCUCUUUAGAUCUUAUUGAAUUUUUCUUAAGAAAGAAAGAUGAAGAGAGUCAAAAUAAUGAUGCGAAGGAAAAGACAUCAUGGUGUUUAGGUUCAGAUUACUUCCGGUUGGAUGGGUCAUCUAAUGCUGAAAAUCGCAUGGCUUGGUGCAAUUGUUUCAACAAAGAAGAGAACUACAGAGCACGCUUGUUCCUCAUAUCCACUCCGUGCAGGAGGGCUUGGAAUAAACCUCACUGCAGCAAAUCGAGUGAUAAUAUUUGAUGCAUCAUGGAAUCCUUCAUAUGAUGUGCAAAGUAUCUUCAGAGUUUACAGAUUUGGACAAAAGAAACCAUGUUACAUUUAUCGCUUUUUAGCCCAGCAUACGAUGGAAGAGAAAAUUUAUAAUAGGCAAGUCACCAAAUUAUCCCUUGCUUGUCGUGUUGUUGAUGAGCAACAAAUUGAAAGGCAUUAUAGUAUGGAUGAUCUGCAAGAAUUAUAUAAUUUUAAUCCAGAAGAAAAGAAAGCAAAAGAGACUCCACUUGUUCCAAAGGAUGUUUUAUUGGCUGAAUUAGUUCGAGGAGAAAACUCGUGGGUUGAUAGCUAUCAUGAACAUGAUACAUUGUUAGAAAACAAGGAAGAAGAGGAACUAAAUGAAGAGGAGCGUAAGGCAGCAUGGGAAGAUUAUGAAAAAGAAAAGCAAGGCCCAAGACCAUCUGUGGCAAUGUAUGAUAAUUCUUCAUUAAUCACCUACUUAAAUCAAUUCGGCUACACAGAACACCAGAUAAGAGAUAGCAUCAUGAAAGAGAAUCCUCAGUGGUCAGAUACACAAAUACAAUUCCAUGUAGGACGAGUUCUGAAACAAAUUCAUGACUAUGUUGCUGCACAGGAAUAUCGCAAACAAGUCCAAGCACAAUUUAAUAUGAAUCGAGGACAGCAGCCAAUGUACUUUCAUAAUCCUAGUACUCAGGAUAUAAUGGGGCAAAAUCAGUAUCAAAAUGCUAUGCAAAAUAUGGGAGGUGGACAUAUUUUAAAUCAGUUGACCAGUCAGCAACCAAGCAAUGCAAUGCAAACUAUGCAACCUCAACCUGGCUCCUCACUGGCUGUUGACAACAGUAAUAGAAUCAAGGUUAAAAGUUUUGGACAUAUGACGAAUAGUAACUUUGGAAAUACCAGUCAAAUGAAUCAGCUGGUACCUAAUCCAUUUGCUUCCAAAACUGGAAUUGCAGCAGCUGGUGCUAUUAACAAACCAACUAUGCAGAAAUCUUCAAACAAUGGAGUUGCUGAUGUUAUUGAAGUGGAAUGACAAAAGUAGAUUUUUUUUUUAAAAAUUAUUAUUAUUUCUUUUUAAGGUAAUAUCUUUGACUGAUGGGUCAUUAAUAUUGAGUCUUGUUCAUAAUUUCAUGUAUUACUUUGCCUUUUUUAACUAAAAGUGUAUAUAAUUUUAAUUCUCAAAUGUGGAAUCAGAAGAGAACAAUGACAAAAUACAAUGCAUUUAUAUGUUGAUAUGUAGUGAGUGAAAAUGAUGUACAUACAAAUUUCAUUAUAUUUGUUUUGUUUAUUGAACAUUCCUUUGCUCCUGUAAUUUGUUAAUGUAAUUUAUAGUGCUUUCUGAAUUGGAAAGAAAAUUUAUUAUGAAAGUGAACGAUUACAUUGCAAAAGAAGUUUGAAACAUUUAAUGUAUGUUGAAAAAUAAGACUGGCAAAAUGUGAAGGUUAUAACACCAGACACUUGAAUACCUGAAGAAUAAGCUGCAGAUGAAACAAGAUUUUUUUUAAAAUGAAGUUUUUAUAUUGAAUGAUGUAUUAAAACAAAUUUAUUAUGAGAAUUUCCCAGGCACAACUCUCAUGAAAUUACUUAUGAAGCAUACAGUUCUAUAGUGUAACAUAGAAAGAGAGUACUUUAGAGACUAAACAAGAAACUUACUUCUCUGAAGGAAAAUUUGGUUUUGAAUGGUUUGUGCAUAAGAUAAUAUGCCAUCUGUAACUUAUUCCAGAAUUUCAAAAACAGUUUUUUAGGAUGUGAUAUGUUAAUGAGCUAAUAUCAAAUGUGUAAUUUACUUUUCUGAUUAUGUAUCAUUAAUGUUAUUGUCCCCUUUUGUGUUUAUCAAGUGCUUGCCAAUUUUGUUAUAGUGUUAAGAUAUGAUUUAAUAGCAUAGAAAGAUAAUAUUUUUAGAAGUUAAAUUGGAUUAACUUGUUUUCUGUGUAUGUGAAACUUUGUGUGAGGUAGUAACUUCUAUGUGGUGUCAAUAACUAGUAAGUCAGUUCCUGAUAAAUAUCUUGCCCCACUGAAUAAGAUGGUGUGACAAGUAUUCCCUUUUUUUCUUUUUCUAAAAGGUAAUUUGAUAUUCAUGACCAGUAUUCUAUUGUCCAAUAUAUAUUAAAUAGAAUUGAUGUUUCAUGU